GUUUUUCGUUUUACUGCGUGGCUUUCGUGGCUUUUGACAUCUGUCAUGAAAUUCAUGUUAUUGUUUGUGUUUUAAGUGAUUUUCCAUUGAUAUUUAAUGUGAUUUAUUAAUAAAUAAUAGUGGCGAAAUACAAAUAAUUGUGAUCGUGUGAAAAAUGUCUUUGGAAAGUGAUAUUUUCGAUGAGAACGAAGGACAAUUACCGCAAGAUCUUGAAGACGAUGUUGUUCAAGAAGUAUUGAAAACUGGGACAGAUCUUCGACAGUAUUCCCGACAAAUUGAAAAAGAACUCAAGGAAGUUGAAAAUAAAUCAAUUCAAGAUUAUAUAAAGGAAAGUCAAAACAUUGCGAGUCUUCACAAUCAAAUUUCGGCAUGUGAUAAUAUUUUAGAGACAAUGGAAUCAAUGCUAUUGGGCUUUCAAGCAGAUUUAGGAAGUAUAAGUUCGGAAAUUUUGUAUUUACAAAGAAAGUCGAUUGCCAUGAGUCAACAAUUAUCGAAUCGUCAAAUAAUUCGUGGACCACUUAGUCAAUUUAUUGAGGAUAUGACAAUCUCCGAGGCUCUCAUUGCAGGUAUUAUGGAUUCUCCCGUAACAGAAGUUGAAUUCUCUGAGCAACUUAAGAAUCUCAAUCAUAAAAUAAACUUUGUUAAGGAACAGAGUUUUAAGGAAGCAAAAUCUUGUUUAGAUGUUAAGGAUAUUUUAGAAAAAUUGAAAGUUAAAGCAAUGAGCAAAAUUCGAACAUAUCUUUUGGAACAGGUUUAUAAAUUUCGAAAACCAAUGACAAAUUAUCAAAUACCACAGAAUAAUAUGUUGAAAUAUAAAUUCUUUUUUGAAUUCAUUCUGUCGAAUGAAAGGAAUGUCGCUGAAGAAAUUUGCGGCGAAUACGUGGAUACAAUGAGUAAAAUUUAUUAUUCCUAUUUUAAGUCCUACUCAUCGAGACUAAUGAAAUUACAGUUCGAAGAGGGUGCUUCAAAGGACGAUUUAAUGGGUGUCGAGGACACGGCAGGAAGGGGAAUUUUUCACAAAACUUCGUUAAAACACAGAGGCACUGUUUUUUCCAUAGGAACUAGAGGCGAGGUUUUAACUUCUCAGUUGGAAGCUCCAAUAAUUGUUCCUCACACUGCAUCAAAAACGAGGUAUCACUACGAAGCUUUAUUCAGAAGUGAGCAGUACGCCUUAGUGGAUAAUGCGUGUCGUGAAUAUCUGUUUUUAACAGAAUUUUUCAAAGUACGCAGCUCUCAAGCAAUGGAAGUUUUCAAUAAGGUAAUGGGAAAAACAUUGACUAUGAUGUUGAAGAAUCUUCAAUCAUUCGUCGAUGAUUGUUACGAUACAAUUGCACUCUUCCUUUGCCUUCAUUUGGCAAUGAGAUAUCAAUUGACAUGUCAUAAGAGAGCAGUGCCUGCUUUAGACAAAUAUUGGGAUAAUGUUUCAUCAAUUAUUUGGCCCAGAUUCGAACAAGUGUUUCAACUUAAUAUUCAAAGCAUAAGAGACUGUGAUCCAUUUAAAUUUAAUAAAGAAACGGUUCCACAUUAUAUUACGAGAAGAUAUGCAGAGUUUAGUGCAGCUAUGGUUGGUGUUAGCGAAGGAUUUCCAUGUGAAGGGGCCACGCAACUUUUAGCCGAAUUAAGAGAAGCUGUUCAGUGUUUUCUUUUAAGAAUGGCCGCUAUUUUUCCCCAACGCACACAACAACUUGUCUUUCUUAUUAAUAAUUACGAUCUUAUUCUUGGCGUUUUAAUGGAGAGAACCAGAGAUCUUUCUAAAGAGGCCGAGAGUUUUCGGGAACUGCUGAAUGUCCGUUCUUCCGAGUAUGUGGAGGAAGUAUUGAGUCCUCACUUCGGGGGAAUAAUGCAAUUGGUCAAAGAGUCUGAGGCUUCAAUUGAAAAAGGCCAAACGGAUGAUUUACGGCGUCAAGAGGGAAAAGCUCUUGCAUUGGUGCAAUCUUUCACGAACAAUUGGAAACGUGCACUCGAGGAAAUACAUCGUGAAGUUAUGCCAUCGUUUCCCAGUUUAGUGCUCGGUACAACUCUAGUGCAACGAGCAAUGACACAAUUGGUUCAGUAUUAUCACAGAUUUCAUAAAAUUCUCCCAAACAGUGCGCGCCCUCAACUUACCAAUAUUCACCAUAUUAUGGUUGAAAUUAAAAAGUAUAAAACCAAUUACUAGCUUUCAUUUCGAACUCUUCAUAUUAAUAUUACUUUUUAUCUGUACAUAGAAAAAUAGAAUUUAAAGAAAUAGUUCUUAACGAUAAAGAAAAACCUUGAAAAGACAAGAAUAAAUAAAUGAAGAGGUUGAAAGUUUCCUGUAAAA